AUGAGCAGCAGCGAGGAAAGCUCCUCUCUCGAAAACGACAAGGAGAACAACACGCAAAGUGGAGAUGAGAAAGGGAAGAUCGUGGAUAAAGGUGGGAGCAGCGACGUGGGCAGCCUCGUGAAGGAGAACGUGGCGCCCAGAGAGGGUAGAAGCGAAAGUAGAAGUGAGCGUGGUGGCGAGGGUAAUGGCCAGCGUGAUAAAAUCAAUGCUAAGGGAAAAUCGCGUGAGGAGUGUAAGAGGAAGCCAAAAGGCGACGCCUCUGAGGACUCCCAUGGGAGCCCCAUGAGUCCGCUCUCCCUUAGCGACGCCGGAAAGGCGGGCGAUAUGAAACGGAAGAGCGAAAAGAAAACUGAUAAAAAAGGUAGGAGCCACAAAGUUAAGAGGCACAAGGACAGGGGGGACAAGCGAAGGCGCAGUAGGAGAGACAGCCACGGGAGAAGCGGAAGUCACAGGAGAAGCGAAAGUCACGGGAGAAGCCAAAGUCGCGGUAGAAGCGGAAGUAACCGCAGUGGAGAAAGCCUCUAUAGCCGCCAUAGCCGAGAUAGGAAAGAACGCAAAAGGAAGGAGGUCAAGAAGAGGGGGAAGCACAAGUUGGGGGCUGGAGCAGUGGGUGGAGGAGGAGAAAGAAGAAAAGGAGGAUACACCAAACUCAGCAGCUUCAGCAUCUCUAACAGUCACACCGAUCCUGACAUGGAUUUGGAGAGCCUAAGCGAUCUUAAUUACAAGUCACACAACGAGAAGCGGCAAAAGAAAAUCCAAAAAAAGGGGACCAGUGAUUAUCUUUCCAGUAAGAAUCAUCAUCAUAGGUACGAUGAAGAGAAGGGAGGUAAAAAAAAAAGGGAGGACGACAGAAGGGGCUCGUCAAAUUUGGGGACGAAGAAAAAAAACGGAUCAAGGAGGGGACCAAGCAGAGAGCCCUCCUACUCAGUCAGUCUAAGCUCGGAAGAAGAAUCGAAGAAGAGAAAAAAAAGAAAAAAAAAGUUGGCCGACGAUCGGAGCGGAAGAAGAGCCAGACGUGGAAGCAGCGAGGAACACACGUAUAAACACAACUCAAGGGUGGAACUCGGGGGCGAUAAAUUCAACUACGCAAAGGACCAUUAUUGGAGAGGCAACUCGGGGGGCUCUCGAUCGGAGGAGCACCAUAAGUAUGAGCGCCACUAUGACCGUGACUAUCACCGUGACUAUCACCGGGACAAUCACCGCGACUACCACCAGGAUGAUGGCAGGAGUCCACUUGGCAUAAAGCACUCGCAGAGAGGCACCACGAAGGGGCAUACAAACACGCUGGAGGGGGACCAAAAACGGGGGAGCCAAAGAAGACGGGUGGAGAGAAAAGAAAAUAAAAUGAAAAAAGAAAAUAAGGCAUGUAAGGCGAACCGAAAUGGGCGAGGAAGUGAUGCAGAGGAGUAUGAGUCCACUAUGGACUCCUCCUCCUACGAGGUGAAAUCUCGAUCGAGUCAUAUCCCCACGCGUAAAAAAAGAAGGGACUACUUCAGUGAUGCUCAGUCAGCAGAUUUAACCGGUUCAUUUAGCACUGAAGAGCGAUAUCGAGCCAAAGGAAGGAUGCCACAUGAUGGCACCGUAAUGGUACCAAGGGGAAGAGAGCGCAUUGGAGGUAGGAAAGGAGCGGAUGGUAUUCAUCACAACUUUCAUGAGGACGAGGACACGUUUUUGUACCCCAGAUGGAAGAGAGGAGACCCCUUCAGGGAGGGAAGACCCAGAAUGACCGAGGAGGAAGAGGAAGCCCCUCGGUUCAGGGAUCGGGAUUGGCAACCCUAUGGAGGGACACACCAUCGGGAAAUUGAAAAAAGAAAAAAAUAUGGCGAAAGGGAGGAUCGAACAGAGCUACUGCCAUACGGGCAGAUGGGGCACCCCUAUCGGCACGGCGCAUAUGAUCAGAUGGAAUAUAAAAAAGAGGUGGCCGUUUUGAUCAAGAACAGAAGGCCUCAGCAUCACCCAGAUCAUGGUAUCCACAGCUUCGAUGAAGGCAGAGGUCCCAAUGGGCUGAUCGAUCGGGAGAAGACGUGCCCAUUUCUUCUUCGUUUGUUCUAUAAGCUAGACGACGAAUACAAUGACGUGGAGGACGUGAGACUUUCCAAAAAAAGCGGCGUACAGAGCAACGAGCUGCAAAUCUAUGGAUGGCUCGACAUCACCAUGCGUGAGAUCGUAACGCUAGUGAAGGACUUUUAUCAGGAGAGCCGGAAGAGGGACGCCCACUGGAUAUUUAAGGUUUACUCGAAUGAGAAAAAGCAACUGACCUUCUUGUCGCGCGUCCACAGCACCAAGUAUAACUACCGGGAGGACAACAAGACGUUGCUGUCGCUGGACUACGAGAUCGGAGACAUUCUUCUCCUCUCCAUCAUGUUUGAGGGGCAAGCCGCCUAG